CUUGUGGAAGUCGAGGGCGUCGGUCGAAAAGCAACCAGUCGCAUUUCAGUCGGUGGUAUUUUGUAGCGCGGGUUUAAAUAGAGACCAGACUCCCUCCUGAACGUACACAACUCCCUCUGACUCUGUGGCUCAGCCUUCUUCCCUCCCUCUCCUUCUUUUACGGAGGAGGUGUGUAAGAAGAAUCCACUUUUUGCUGACUUUUAAAAGAGGAAACGGUUCUUGUUCCACGAGAUAAUUGGGUCACACCAGUAAGAACGCCAACAUGCUUCAGGAGAUUCAGGAGUUUGGCUCACACGCCAUGGAUAUCUAUGACUUCCUCUUGGCAGGAAUCGAUCCACGGCUGAAGAGUUAUCCCCUCAUGCAGAGUCCUAUUCCCAUGACGGCAAUAUUGCUGUGCUACCUUUUCUUUGUACUGUACCUGGGACCUCGCAUUAUGGCCAAUCGCAAGCCCUUCCAGCUCAAGGAGGCCAUGAUAGUCUACAACUUUCUGCUCGUGGCACUGUCGAUAUUCAUUGUGUAUGAGUUCAUGAUGUCUGGAUGGGCCACAACGUAUACCUGGAGAUGUGACGCAAUCGAUACCUCAAACAGUCCUGAAGCCCUACGAAUGGUCCAAGUGGCUUGGCUCUUCUGGUUCUCAAAGAUUAUCGAGCUGAUGGACACAAUGUUCUUUGUUUUGAGGAAAAAGCACGGCCAGAUUACAUUCCUACAUAUCUUCCACCACUCGUUCAUGCCCUGGACCUGGUGGUGGGGAGUCACCUACGCUCCCGGUGGAAUGGGAUCUUUCCAUGCCAUGGUGAAUUCCUCCGUCCACGUCAUCAUGUAUUUCUACUACGGUCUCGCUGCUGCCGGACCAAGGUUCCAGAAGUUUUUAUGGUGGAAGAAAUACAUGACUGCCAUUCAGCUGACCCAGUUUGUCCUGGUAUCUGUCCACGCCACCCAGUAUUACUUCAUGGACAGCUGCGACUACCAGUUCCCCAUGAUCAUCCACCUUGUCUGGAUGUACGGAACCUUCUUCUUCGUGCUGUUCUCCAACUUCUGGAUCCAGGCUUAUGUGAAGGGUAAGCGGUUGCCAAAGCAGGACAUUAAGCAGUGCCAGAACGGCAAAGCUAUAUACACGAAUGGCAAACAUGAGAACGGCACCAGCAAUGGCGUCGGCCACGGAACCACCAACAGCACCAGCAACGGUUCUGCCCACCACGAGAACGGCAGCACUCACAUGGGGAAGAUGAAGAAGGCCUAGGAACUCUGGAAGGAAACGCCCAAGAAGUAUGACCUGUUGAAACUACUAUGGAUUCCAAAGAUAAUUUUGGCUGUUUCUUGUCCUGUUUUUAGUUUUGUAUUCAAAACUUGGGAGAGCGAUGUGGUCAAUGAUUUUCCACAGCUGGGGGCCCCACAUUCGGUUGGUUGGUUUUGUUUGUUUCUUUGCAUUGGGCAGCCAUUUAUGGAACACAAUGUAUGAAGAGAAGAUGUUUUGACCUAAGUGUUAUCUUCACUGAUGUUGCAAACAACCUCCUACUUCAGUAUCACUCUGAUGGCCUUUUCUCCCCGUUUGCCUUCACUGUUUAUUUUGACCUCUGUGUCCUCCUGACCCCCCCCUGUGGACAGAUGACUGUACAGUUUCUAUCAAACUUGAAAAUACAUUUUGUAAAUAGUUUUACAGCAAAAACAACAAAAAACUAAUUGUAUUGGUAUGCUCUAGACUUUCUAAAUUUAGUUAGAUUGUGUAUUUAAAAUUAAAAUGCCAAUAAAUUCAAUUUUAAAUUA